AUGUGGUGUUGCAAGCGUGUGAAGGCCUCAAAAUCGUCUUCGCGUUCGUUGAAAAAGCCAGGUUCGGCGACAAGCUACACCAGCGACAUCUCCAGUUCGAGCUCGUCAAAGGCGCUGAGUGGAAGGGCCGAGAAGAAGCGGACGAAGAAGGGCAAAAGAGAGUUGAGGAAGAGCAAGAAGAGCGUGUCCAAGACGAGCAAGUCAAAGACGAGCAAUGACGGAAAAGGCGGUUUGAAGAAGCCUCCGCGCAAGAAGAAGGGAUUCGUAAGUUUUUUGAUUGUUUUGUUAUAAUUUUAGGUAUCAAAAACAACUGUUUUUGAGGGUUUUCAGGCCUAACUUGCAGUCAACGUCUGAAAAGUUUAAAUUUUUAUAACUAAACCUUUCACAGUUGAAGUUAUACCUAAAUCUCUUGAAUUUAAUUUACACCUCGAAUUACUCGAACUUACCUAAAAUCUUUUCAGUUUUCAUGUUGUGCAAAAGAGAAAAAGCCACGGAUUCCGCCAGCAUCUCCACGCAAGUACGCUUCACUCCGAAGGCCAUUGACAGUGAACAAGCGUUCCGCCCCGUCGACCAGUAGCACCAAGUCUACUUCAAAUUCCAGCAAAGCAGAAGAGCACAAAAAGACUACGGCAGAGAUGGAGACACCGGACGAAAAGUCGCUCAAGAGCAGAAGAGUAGGUUUUUGAGGGUAUUUUAGGUAUAAGAAGGUUGGAAAUGUUUUAAAAAAUUGUUUUUUGGUCACGAAAUUUGUGCAAAAUGAUCUUUUUGGCUUAAACGUUACAAAAAACGGUUUGAUCAAUAAAUUUUAUUAAAAAAUGUAGUUUUGGUAUGAUAAUUUAUUUUAAAUUUUAAUGAUUUGUAAAGGCUUUGUUUUAAAAUUCUUAAAAUUUAGCCUGACAAGAAGAAGAAGACUGUCAAACCAAAAGUAAAACAUUGUGAUGACAGCGACAGUUCGGGCUCAAUAAAAGAACGCGGUGAUGCCGUCGAUGUCAAGAAGAUACCAAGAAAGAAGCAUGAAUAUGGCAAACAUGGAGCUGGUUGGUUUUUUUUGUAAAAUACGUUAUCGUAAUCUAUUUGGUUUUAAUGUAUAAAACUAGAAUUAUUUCUUAUUUGUGGUAAUAUAUGUUGUUGCCUAUUCUUUUAAUUAUAAUUUUCAGGUGACAAAGUAUCCGAUUACACAAGCAGCAAAGACCAAAAGGGAAAAGAAGGCAAAACAAAGAAAAAAGAGACCAAAAAAGAUGACGAGACUGAUUCCAAGUCUAGUUCGGUAAGAAAAAUAUUGUUUUAGACCAGUUCGGCAAAAAAUAUUGGUUUUGGUAUUUGUUUUAAAGUUGAGGCACCUUUAAAGGAAUUGAUGAGUUGAUAUUAAAGUUUUCGGUUUGUAAUUUAAAAAUUUUGAUUUUUAGAAAACCGACAGCCCACAAAAGAAAAAGAAGGAGAAGAUUGAGAGAAAGAAGAAGAAAAAGGACGUGAAAACGCCAAGUGACGACACACGAAGUCCAAAACAGGUGGUAAGAUGCUAUUUUUAAGAAUCUUUCUAGCAUUUUAGGCCAUUGUAUGCAACAAUAAGGGGUCAGAAAGGGUCUGUAAGAUUUCAUUAAGAGUAAUGGACUUCUAUCUCAAUUGUAUUUCAUAUUUAAAAACGAUUAAAUAAAGUAUUAUAAAAUGUCAAAGUUUACAGCUAGUUUUGUAAAAUUGUAACUUUUUUAGACCGAUGAUUCAACCGACGUGAAGUCAGAGCCCAAAGUCAAGGAAAAGAAGAGAGAUGACAGUUCAGACACUACGUCUUCUCAAACUUCAUUGGCGGUAAAUAAUUUUUUUGUGAAAUUUAGGGAUAUCAAUUGAAACUGGCCUUAAAAAUAUUUAAGUCAUCCUGAUCUGGGCAAAAAUCAUGGGGGUAGAAUUUAGUCCUAGUCAGGGCUGGGCGUGAGGGGGGGAAGUACCCCCCCCCCUAGAAAAAAAAUUUUUUAAAAAAAAGUUUAACGUGGCAGCUAUUUUGUGCCAAUUUUUUGGACCCCCGCCCCCAGACCAAAAGUCCCCGCCCGGCCCUGGUCCUAGUGUUUUUGGAUUAAGUUGAGGGUUACUUCACGUAGAGUUUAAAAAUACAUUUUUUAGUUGAUGUCAAUUUGAAUUUAUGUUAAGUUUGAAUAUUAUUUUUUCAGAAAGAAAGCUCAGAAGUCGAAAUGCCAAAAGCAAAGAAAGGCCAAAAGGAAAGAGGAAAGAGAAGAGCAGAAAAGAAGGAUGAAGAGUUCAAACGACAUGAUCCUCUCGUAAGUAAUGGUACUUUUUCAAGAUUGCUUCUGUAAAAAGUUCUGAUCUUCAAAAACUACAUGUUUGUUAUCUAAAUUUCAAUUUUUUUGGAUUUUCAAUGAAUUUUUUUAAAAGAAAAAUGGCGUUUUAAUUAAUUUUUUUUAAAUAUUAUUAUUAACCGCUCAAUUUCAGCCCUCCCCCAAGAGCAACAAGCCCACAGCCUGGAAUGAAGAAGCACUUUUGGGUCCGGAAGGCCUGAAAGCCGCCCAAGACAGAGCUGCUUACAUGAUGGACAAGGUGGAGAGAUUGAUGUUCGAGUUCUCUUCCUCAUGCCGCAACGAUUACAUGUCUCUGGUCCAAGAAAUCUACAUUACCGCAUACCACAUACGCCAAUGGCUAGCCGAAGCAAACAGGGAUGAUUUGCAAGAUGAAAUUGUCGAAGCGACGAUUGUCAUGGAAACGGCACGUCAAUUCCAUCACCUAUUGCGAGCUUACCACUGCGAGCUAAUUGAGGAAGGAUCGUCGGAGUGA